GCUUGAAAGUCCGAAGCCGCACCGUUUACUCAAGCUAUCGCAUAUCAACUUCUCAUCCAGGCGCCUUUCUCGCGUCAUUCUCCGAUCCGACAGAGCCGCCGCCGCCUCAUCCUGGCACGUCGUAUGCGACAUUCCUUCGGGCCACCGAGAUUGCAGACCUAAUGGUGUAGUCAUCUGCCGUGAGGUAGGGUAACGCUGCCUGUUUGCAUAACCCAUGCUCCAGACGCUGAGCUCCUGCAUACCCGUGCCUCCAUCGUCGUCGGGCGACUAACCAGCAGAUAUACACAGCAAGCAAAGAGCGGCGUAUAGCUAAGCCGAGCCGGCGCUUUGAGGGUCAACGUCUACCGACUCAACUUACACGGGCUUCGACGAGCUGGUUUGAAUCAAAGAGCAGAGUGUCUGCGUUGGCAGACAAGGUACAAACAGACUGGGACCAGCAGGCACAAUUAAAUGGGGCGGUAAGGUGAGGCAAGCGCGCGAGCAGGCAGACAAACGCAACGUCGUCAUACCUCUUUUUGGGGGGGCUAUUCGAGGUCACAUACUGGAUAUUGACUGGCCACUACAGACUACAAAUACAUACCGGUCCAUGUCACAAGCAGGCUCCUCAUAGUUCCAGGAGGAGAGCCUCACUCGCGUCGCAUUCACUUCAUAUUCCUCUGUCUUCCAGGUUGUCAGGCCGCACUGCGCCAAGCGCUAGACAACAGACGUCACGGCCAACCAGCUGGCAAUUCACAGCGCUGCAACUAAAAAAGAAAAAGGCCGUUAGGUCGUGUCUCGCGACUAACCCCUCACUCCAUCUCAAGCUUCGCGACCCCACGCUUUCCCACUCCAAUGCCGCAAGGGGUGUGAGAGUUCCACCAACAAGUACACUUCCCGACUGGGCCUCACUGCAUCAAGUCGAAUCCCUAGCCGAACAGCGCCAUCCGUCAAAGAGGGGAUUGAGAGGCAGCGGCUCAACCCUCGACUCUCAUCUUGUCAUCACAGUCACAAGAUACAUAGCGUACCCCUCCUCUUCGCCGGGCGUUUAGACGUCAACCCGCGUGCCCGCCUCGGAAGCGAUCACUUCGAAUAUCAGCCAACGUUUCGUGCUUGCCUAGCACUAGUCGAGCUGGCUGCUUCCCUGGCGCGUUAGUAGAGCGAGCAAGUCGCAGCAGACCAGACAGUCAUGGACGACACAAGCAUGCAGACCCCUGGCGAUGCCUUGUCCUAUAUAACUCCAAUCGGAUAUUCUAAUUCAUCGCGCUGUGGUUAUUGUGGCCGCCAAGGCAAGAGUCAGUCAAAACGCUUCUCUUACUAUGCCAAGUCCACAUCCCUUACUCCUGAAUACUAUCAGACCCUGUUGGAUCACUACUGGAGGCGCUCCGGGACGACCCUCUACCGGCCGGAUCAACUCCACGCGUGCUGCGUUCAUUACACCCUCCGCUUGGACUCCACCCAGUUCAAGCCCACGCGAGAUCAGCGACAAACCAUCAACCGGUUCAACAAAUACCUGACGGGCGAUGCCUACAUCAAGGAGGCAGCUCGCCUCCACCCUCGGUCACGCGAGCAGGCAAAGAAACGGGAUUCCGAGUUUGACUUAAUCGAGAGGGUCCACGAGGCGGAAUAUGACUCCCUGCAGCUGCCUCCAGAGCCCGCCCAUGUCUUUACCGUUACCCUGGAAGAUGAUGUCUUCACCGAGGAAAAGUACAAAGUGUAUGAGAACUACCAGCGAGUCGUCCAUGGGGAGGAGCCGGCCGACAUCUCUCGCCGCGGCUUUCAACGCUUUCUGUGCGAGUCUCCGGUCCAGCGCAAGACAAUCACGACGGCCGACGGCAAAGAGCAAAAGCUCGGUUCGUUCCAUCAGUGCUACCGUUUGGAUGGUGAAUUGGUAGCCAUUGGUGUACUGGAUCUGCUCCCUCACUGCGUUUCCGCCGUAUACUUUCUCUACCACGAGUCCAUUCACAAGUUUGCACCAGGGAAAUUGGGCGCGAUCCGUGAGAUUGCUCUGGCACAGGAAGAUAGCUAUCGUUACUGGUAUCCCGGCUUCUAUAUUCACAGCUGUCCCAAGAUGCGAUACAAGAUGGACUACACGCCCCAGUACAUCCUGGAUCCCGAGACGCUAGCUUGGGAUCUUAUGGACAAGAGAGUUACGGACCUUUUGGACAACAAGCCAUACCUAAGCUUAUCAAAGGAGAAAGCCGACGAACCAGCUGUCGAGGGAGCCAAGGAUACUUCAGAUCAGCCUGCAGCCGGCCAAGAAGAGUUUACAGAAGAUGCCAAGAAUGAUGAGAAUGACCACGAUGACGACACGUUCUUGUUCAACACUGGUAUGCCGGGCAUCCUGUCGCUUGACGAGAUCCGCUCACUUGAGGAGAUGGACCAUAUCAAGCUGCGGAUAGAUGGCUCUGGGCUUCUUUUCGAGACUGGCGAUCUGGUCGCGUGGGAGCGUCAGGAUGUCGGAGUGAGCGGGUGUCUCAAGGCUGGCAUUGCGGAGCUUGUGGCGGCCUUGGGACCCGAGUUACUGGAGGAUAUGGUGGUGGACUUUUGGAAUCCUAAUCUGUGAAGGGUCAGCUUGGCUUGACUCUGCUGGUGGCUGGCUGGGCAC